AUGACUUCGAAACUGUCUAUUGGAAAUGAUUGUUUACCAAGGAAAACUCACAAUGGCGAAUAUGGUGGUGACACUCCUGAAUGGCAGCUGCAGGUCAACAUCACAAACAAAUCAGGCGGUAUAAACGGAGAAAUUUGGUUAUCAAGGGACGGAAGGAGCGUUAAAUGGUGUAUUGAAGACCAGUGCUUACGUCAGUUUACUUAUAAUCAAGAGAUUAUCAAAGCUGGCUAUAUCGAUUUUGAAAAGACACCAGAUUGUUUUGUAGUGGUGCUCUCUGAUAUUGCGCAUGUAUAUAUGCUGAAAAAGGGAGAUUCUACGACGGUAUGUUUCCCAUUCCAGAUAGGUAAUGCGUUCUGGUAUGCAAAUGGAGUGAUUUUGGAGAGAGACACCUCAACGUUCUUCAUGGAUGGCGGUUACGAUUUAAAACCCAUUGAAUUCGAUUUAAAACAUAAAUACAUCACUCUGACGGAUCCGAUGACACCUUUUGGCUUAAUUUCGAUCACAAAUACCUUUAAAGGUGGGAUAAAUAGCGCUUCAGGUAAUAAAAGCGAUAGUCUGCAAGACUUUCAGCUUGUGCUCUUCCCCAGCGACAAAGAAAAGUGCAUAGCAGUUUUUCUAGAUCGAAAUUCUAAAGUGUUACGAUUUUAUUACAGUAGAGUUCUAUCAUCAGAUCAGUCCCGAAAGGGAGAGCUAACGAUUUCAUCGACUAAAAAAAUUGGUUUGGAUACGGCUGGCAAUAGUCAGAAGACUGGAGGGAUUGCCAAAGAUAUGCGCAAAUUCUCACUUUUAACGCGUAGGUCGACGUCUAUAAAUUCUAAUUCUCACGAUUUCAAUGCAACUGAAAGGGUCCUUAGCGGCAACGUGGGGAAUGCUCCAGGAAGAACAGAUAUUUUCGCUUUACCUUCUUCUUGUUCAAGAAGGAGCUUAUCAGCAACCCUAGAUAGAAUGGGGAAUAACAUUGCCGCGACCAAUAGAGCUACACCUUCUGCCUUUUUUGAUUCCUCUGCAAAUACUGGCACUCACUCUAGUAUAAACCCUGUGUCACAGCCAAUGCAACAGCAACAGCAGGAGUAUUUGAACCAAACAGCGACCUCUUCGAAGGAUAUUGUUUUGACGGAAAUAUCGUCUUUGAAACUGCCUGAUGAUAUCAUUUUCACUUCACGACGUUUGAGCUCUAUACUAAGCACUUUAAAGUUUUUAUCAUUGAGAUUUGAACGUCGAGAGGGAAUUUUAAUAUUUCACGAGCCCACGCAUUUUUGCAAAAUCUGGUUAAUUGACCUUUCACCAGAUGUCCUGGAUUCUAUUCCAUUCAAAAUAUACGGGAACUCACCGCAAAAUAUGAUCAGACUGGAGAAUUUAAAGCUUAAGGAACCGUCAAGAAUACGAGCUAUGCAUUUACAUAAACGCCUUAAAGGUUGCCUGAUUUUGGUGUCAGAGGGACAGAACGAGGGAGAAUAUGAAUCGUUUAUAUGUAACCCCUUCGUUAAAAUUUCAUCUCCUUCCAAAAACAUUCCCAAAGAUCUCACUAAGCAAAACUCUCUCCCCUCUUUACAAAGACUGUUUCCCUAUCCCGAGAGUAGUUUCACCAAGCUCUGCUUCGAAGCCCUUAAGUAUAUUACUUCACCUGCAUUCAAUAUCUCAUUUAUAUUUCUAUGGCAAUUUGCAUAUUCGAUACUUCCUUCAAAGGUUAGUAAUGGAGUUGGGUGUUCGAAAAUAGAGCAUGAUGCCUUUUCACUGGUUCUUUCACUACUGAUUCUGCCGAUACCUAGCUUUUCUGCUCAAGAGUAUAACGAGUAUAAAGAAAUAUAUGAACACGACCUAUUUCAUCAACUAAAGCAGGAUUCAGAAAUAACAAGUUCUGUACUACCAAGAAUUGUUAUUGGAUUGCAUUUGAUACGGGAGGAAUACUCCUUGAAUGUCCUGUGUCGCAAUGAACACGCAUUGUUGGGACAGUUUCUCAGUUUCGCUACUGCCGCUAUGGGCUGGCCUGAUUUAUGGCAAUCAUAUUAUGUACCCAAAAUAGAUUCAGAAUCUAAAACUUUUCUACAUCCAAGGGAACAAAACUCCACUUUCUUUCAUCCAUUAGAUGAGCCGCCAUCGAUUACCAAGUCAUUGUAUAGUAUAACUGAGAACAGUUCAAUACCAUUAUGUCCGUUCAUUAGUUUUUCGAGACUUGCCGCAACGGAUACACAGGUUGAAUUGCGCAUUACUCCAAGAAGUUUCAAAAUCUUGGGCUUAUAUGAACUCGUGCACUCUCCCAAUUUUUUACCAGAUUAUAUUUUGGGUAUCCUUUCCAGCCUGAAAGUAGAUAAAAAUGAGUUACAAACGUAUCCUUUAGGCAUUUUGUUUCCAUUACAGAACAUUUUGAGAAUCCUGGAAGAUAAACUAUCUGAGGUAAGAGAUAACCUGGAGUUGUUAGAUAGGGCCGAUUUACAAAGGUGCAGUGCCAUUAUCAAUAGUAUAAGAAAUGAUUCCAAAGAAGUCAUCAAAAGAGGCGAAAGAGAUAGCUCUAUGUUGUACAAAGUUCCACUCGCCAAAAAUAGAAGCUGUUCGUCUAAGAAGCCCAGUGACAUAUAUACGGUAUUAUCUGAGAUUGUGAAAAGCGCAAGUCAAGUUCCACUAGAUGGAUCAGCUAUGAGGAUGUCGAACAUUCAGGAUGAUGAAGAUAUUGAUGAAGGGCGGUCUCUCAAAUUAAAUGCAGGACUGAUCUUUUCAGAAGAUAAAAGGUUUACUCAUGUCGUAUCAUUACUAGCUUAUUAUAGGCCCACCCAAACCCAAUUUUUUACCACCAAGACCGAAUAUGCCCAGAUACUAGCUCAAAAGAAAUAUUUUGCUAAAAUUAUGGCCUUAAGAACGUGUACAAAUGGUGUCGGCUGGGGCGCAGUAGCAUAUGCAACAGAAAAGCCCAUAUCUACCCAAAAAUGGAUUGUUCAACCUCUCAACUUAAUUUCAAUGUUUCCUGAUGACACAAAGAUAACCGUAAAAGUCCCAGAAGAUAUAGGACACGAUGUUGUGGAGUGGGGGCAAUUUCAUGCCGGUGUUAGCUCCGGUCUCCGUAUUUCAAAGAAGGCAACUGGGAUAACGGGUAGUUGGAUUGCAUUUAAUAAACCAAAAGAAUUGGACGCUUAUCAUGGUGGUUUUCUUCUUGGGCUAGGACUUAGUGGACAUCUGAAGAAUCUAGAAGAAUGGCACAUAUACAAUUACUUAAGCCCCAGAAAUACUCAUAUAAGUAUUGGGUUACUUUUGGGGAUGAGUUCAAGUAUGAAGGGCAGUAUGGACUCGAAACUAGUCAAAGUUAUUAGUGUACAUCUAGUGGCCUUUCUGCCUAGCGGGUCUAGCGAUUUGAACAUAGAUCUAAAACUGCAGACUGCUGGUAUCAUAGGUAUGGGUAUGUUAUAUCUCAACUCAAGGCAUAAGCGAAUGAGUGAUUCAAUUUUCGCACAGCUAGUAUCAUUGCUCAAUCUCAAUGAUGAAAUGAUUGCUGAUGAAGAAUAUCGAUUAGCAGCGGGUAUAUCGCUCGGUCUUAUCAACUUGGGGGCUGGUCAGACGAAAUUGAGAAAAUGGGAUUCAUCCUUGCUAAGUCUGGGGGACUACCUGCCCGAAGAUGUUUAUGAUACUAAUGAUGUUGAAGAAAACAUGAUGUACGAAGAUCUGACUACGAAGCUAUUGGAGAUCAUCACUAGUACAUAUGAUAUAGAGAACGAUUGGAUACCAGAGAAUUCGCAAAUCGGCGCAGUGAUUGCAAUUAUGUUUUUGUUUUUGAAGUCGAACAAUUUUGAAAUUUCCAAUGUACUGAAAGUUGACUUGAAGAAAAUCUUAAAAGCAAAUAUUAGUAAUCGCCCUGAAUUAUUAAUGUACAGAGAAUGGGCGUCCAAUAUGAUUUUAUGGGAUUUUAUGGGCGAUGAUUUAUCGUUCAUCAUGAAAGAUGUCGAUAUUGGAGGAAAAUUUAGUGAACUUAAUACCGACUUACUCCCCAUAUAUUAUACUAUGGCGGGAAGAAUUUUAGCCAUGGGUAUUAGAUUUGCCUCUACUGGAAACUUGAAAAUUCGCAAUGUUCUUCUUUCUCUCGUUGAUAAGUUUCUGCCGUUUUAUCAAUACCCAGGAAAACAGAAUCUUGACUUUCGGUUGACAAUUUCUGUUAUUAACGUUUUAACCAAUGUCAUUAUUGUAUCUUUGAGCAUGGUUAUGUGUGCUAGUGGUGAUUUGGAAGUUUUGAGGAGGGUCAAAUAUCUACAUGAAGUUGUAUCUGGUCCAUAUUCAGACUUAUUUCAGGUAAUUCCUAGUUCUAAAAAUAAUGGUUCGGGUGUAACACACGCGAGUUCGAACACUAACAGGUCCGGAAAUAGUGACCAUUAUGAGAGAAUUGAUGAAACAGCUGCUUCUCUCGAUGAUGAAAGGUCGAUAAAUGGCAGUGACAUUAGUGAUCCAACAGCAUUUUUAGAAGACAAAAAGGAUAUGGAUGAUCAUUACGGUAAGUUUCUUUCAACAAAUCUUGCACUAGGUUUUCUUUUCCUUGGGUCUGGGCAAUACGCUCUUAAUACUUCUACUUUAGAAUCUAUCGCCUUCUUAAGUAUGUCUGUUUUACCCAUAUAUGCAACACCACAUCCCUUACAAGAAUUGAAGCACUUUUGGAGCAUGGCUGUAGAACCUCGUUGCCUUGUUAUAAAGGAUAUUUUCACCGGUGAUGCAGUAAACAACGUUCCUAUUGAAUUAGUGGUUGAGGAAGACAUUGAAAAAGAAGAAGUGAUAAAAGAGAUGUCAACACCCUGUCUACUUCCCGAUUUUUCCAAGAUCAAAUCUAUCAGCGUAAAAAUGCAUAGUUACUUUCCGUUAGAAAUUAACUUCACUAAGGGCUACUCAGCUUCUGAUUUUUUUAGUGGUGGUACAAUUAUUUAUAUACAAAGAAAAUCCGAAAGUAUUUUUGAGGACAAAGCUUCUUUUAGAAACGUAGAAGAUAUUCACGUUGCACUCAAGAGAAAAGCAACAGGAUCCAAAGACUAUUCAAAGUUAAACUUAAAAACCGAACAAGGAAAUGCUCCCUCUUCACAACUUGUUGAAAGUUUGGGUAUUCAAGAUUUGACAAUGGUGGAACUCGAUACUAUUUUGAAUACGGAAAAUAACACAGCAUUAACUGAUUCUGAAUCUUAUAAUUUAGGUUUGCUCUGUUCAGAUAGAAACAGCGGAGAUAUUUUGGAUUGCCAGCUCGAAUUGUGGUAUAAAAGCUUUGGACCGCAUGUUGAAUAA